GUAAGAGUUUUGAAAUGUAUUACGUUACAGGGAUCUCAAUGGAAUCUACUUUGGCAUUACAUAUAAGACCAGCUGUUAUGUUGUCAUCAUCUCUUUGUUCAUCUUCUUUUUUUAGUUUACACAGACACUGGCUGUGAUUGGCUGGGUUUCUCUUGCUUUUAUGUCCAUCUGCAUAGUGCCCUCUUCACUCUCUUCCUAGAAAUUCAAGCAUUCGAGCUCCGAUCGAGAUUGUGUUGUGCAUUUGAUAAAAACAAUUUGGUGAUAUGAGUACGAUUUGCGGGAAUUGGGAUGAGUUCUCUUCGAUCCCAGACAGAGGAGAAAUUGGGUUCAUUGAUUACGAUGAUGAUAAAUCAGUGUGUAGUUACAACCCAGAUGAAGAGGGUCCAAUAGUAGUAUCUGUUCCAUUCCCUGUUGUAAAUGGAAAACCUCAAUCUAUAUCGGUUGGAGAAACCGCUAGUGAUCUGAUCACCAUUAGGAACACCACCAUGGAACCGGUUGAACUCUGGAAGGUUGAUAUCUAUGACUCAAAUCCAAAGGACUCAUUCACCAUUUCUCUGAUGGAACCUCCAUCACCAACUUCAGACAUGGAGUACAUCCGAGAAUUCCUAGAGUACUUUUGCUUGGAUGACAGAGUGUUACAGCCUGGUCAAACUUUAAGUGUUUGGCUAUCUUGCAAACCUAAGGGAGUUGGCUUGCACACAACAGCAGUGCAUUUUGAUGUAGGGGACGACAGAAUUGAACGGGUGGUCCUUCUUUUGGCAGAAGAUAAAAUCUCCAAGUCUUUGGCUUCAAACAAGCCAUACCGUAGAGAUAGGAAAAAGAAACCGUUGGUUGUAGAUGCAUACGCUGUGGAUGCAUAUGUUCUGGGUGCACGUCCUGCAAAGGCUUCAACCCGAGGGCCCAGAUUUUGCUUGCCUUCAUAUCCGAUCCCAAAGGAUAUCCGAAAAUUGGUCGAGAAUAAAGAUAUCCCUACUGGUAUCACAGAAGGUUUGAAAAAAGAAAAUUAUUGCAAUUACUUCACUACUCUGUUGAACAUGGAAGAAAUCAAAAUGGAGGAAGACAUGAGGGGUUAUGACAUGGAGUGCAUCGUUUUUGGGAAGAAGGGACCAUUUUUGACCCUUGAGGUCCCAGGACUAGCUGAGAAACGGCCUUCACUUGUGUGUGGAGAUUUUAUAUAUGCUAAGCUUGCCUCUGAAGAUGCAAAUGACAGAACUCGUCCCUAUCAGGGUUAUAUCUACCGUGUUGAGGCUGAAGAAGUACAUUUGAAGUUUGAUGAAGAAUUUCACUUUCAUCACAAAGCUGGGAAACCCUAUAAUGUACAGUUCACCUAUAAUCGAAUAAACAUGAGAAGAUUAUAUCAGGCCGUUGAAGCUUCUAAAGGUUUAGAAACAGAGUUUCUCUUCCCAAGUGAAUCAACUAGAAAGAGACUGAUUAGACCUCCUCGACUGCCCCCAAUGUCUUCUGUUUUCAAUGAGGAGCAGAACCAUGCGAUUAGGAUGAUACUUGGUUGCAAAGAAGGGCCGCCUUAUGUGAUCCAUGGGCCUCCAGGUACAGGCAAGACCGUGACACUCGUAGGAGCAAUCCUUCAGCUCUAUACAGAGCGAAAUGAUGCCCAGGUUCUUGUCUGUGCACCUUCGAAUAGUGCAGCCGAUCUUAUACUCGAGAAACUGCUUUGUGAGAAGGUUGUUGCGGUUGAAGAGAGAGAUAUUCUUAGGCUCAAUGCACCUUCUCGAUCUAUUGAAGAUAUUAAGUCUGAUUUUCACUGCUUUUGUUUCUUUGAAGAGUCAGCCUUCACAUGUCCUCCACUCAAGAAGCUAAUACGUUACAAAAUUGUCAUAUCGACAUACAUGAGUGCUGCUCUUCUUUAUGCAGAAGGCGUAAGGCGAGGCCACUUUUCUCACAUUUUCUUGGACGAGGCGGGCCAAGCUUCGGAGCCUGAUACCAUGAUUCCUGUAUCCCAACUUUGUCGAAGGGGGACAGUGGUUGUUCUUGCUGGAGACCCAAUGCAACUAGGUCCUGUAAUUCACUCCAAAGAUGCCGAGACUUAUGGGUUGGGAAAGUCGUACUUGUCAAGGCUGUUUGAAUGCGAGUUGUAUGAUCCUGGGAAUGAAAAUUACGUCACGAAGCUGGUUCGGAAUUACCGAUGUCACCCGGAAAUUCUGUAUCUUCCUUCACAAUUGUUUUAUAACGGAGAAUUAAUCGCAUUCAAAGAUGAUUCUGAUUCCUCUGUGACUUGGGUGGACCUCCUUCCUAACAUGGAAUUUCCUCUCCUUUUCAUUGGUAUCCAAGGCUAUGACGAGCGGGAAGGGAAUAAUCCAUCAUGGUUUAAUCGAUUUGAGGCAAGCAAGGUUGUUGAGAUCAUCACAAAACUGACGGAAAAAAAGGGGUUGAAUGGGGAAGAUAUUGGAGUCAUAACACCUUAUCGGCAACAAGUACUCAAAUUGAGUAAUACCCUUGAAAGUUUGGGUUGCUCUGGCAUUAAGGUUGGCAGUGUCGAGCAAUUUCAAGGACAAGAAAGGCAAGUAAUCAUUAUAUCUACUGUCCGAUCAACGGUGAAGCACAACGAGUUUGACAGAUUCCAUUGCUUGGGAUUUUUGAGCAAUCCCAGAAGGUUCAAUGUUGCCAUUACCCGUGCCAGGUCUUUGCUGAUUGUUAUUGGGAACCCACACAUCAUUGGCAAGGAUUUAUACUGGAAUAUGUUCUUAUGGCGUUGUGUGGAUAAUGGCUCCUAUCAAGGUUGUCCUCUCCCUGAAAGGCAAAAUUCACCUCAGGAGUGCCCCGCGGAAGAGAACAACUUGGGCUAUGAAGAAGAGAACCCUCAGCCAUCUGAUGAAGUUGAAUGCGAGGAACAGACCCAUCAGGCCGAAGAGUUCAAUGAACCUGUUUUUGAUGAAACUGAGUGGUCGGAUGGUUGGAAGUAAACUUUGUUGGUAACUUUCUUGUGGAAGCAACAGGCAACACAUUUUCUUCUUCCGAGUCUUGUUAUAUGAAAGCAAUCUGCGAAUUUUUCCCACUGUGAUUCUGAUUUUUGUGAAACAUUAUAGAUCAGUAUUUAUGUCGCAGAAGCAGAAAAACAUUCAUAUAUGCUUUGCUUUGCCCUGUUAGUGUUUGGCAUACAAUGAUUGGUUGGUGUUAUCAAAAGCUAGAAGAAAAUGGUUUCUGUUUCCAAAA